UGGUAGUCGAAAACUAAUAUGGUGUUCGUAUAAAAGGCCCCACAUGCCGGGCAGAGGUACAAUUUGCUUGAUCACCGAGCUGCGGGACUUUACAACAGCUUAAGAUAAUAUAUCUUCAAUAAUGAAGACUGUUCUACUGUUGGUUGUUGUUAUUGCUGCAGUAGCGUAUGCGCGAGAUGUAGUGAGUAGCACCGACGCAGACCAAGAUGUAGUACAGUACAGAAACAGGCGUUCCCUAAUCUCAAAGUGGGCGAAAACUGUAGGAGACACCGUUGAAAAUGUUUUGGAUAAAACUGUUGAAACUCUUCAAAAACCUGCUGGUGACUCAGGCGUGACAGAGGACGACACAACCGAUGAAAAUUCAUCUUCUGACACAGCUUCAACAAAUAGCCGAAAGAAGCGUUGGUUAUUAUUACCGAUAAAAGAUAUUGUAUCAGGAACUGCUCAACACGUCAAAGAUGACGUGAAGAAGGUUGUAGGAGGCACCGUGGAUGCAGUUGGAGAUACGCUGGGUGCUGUUGGCAGCACGGUAGGUGCUGUUGGAGACACGCUGGGUGCUAUUGGCAGCAAUGUAAAUGCUGUUGGAGAAGCAAUAACAGGAAAGGGUAAAGGCACCGCUGAGAGUGAUGACACUACCGCAAGCGAUGAGGAGAAUGCAUCUUCGGACACCGCUUCAAGCUCUGAUAAUGCAUCUUCAGACACCGCUUCAAGCUCAGAUAAUGCAUCUUUAGACACCGCUUCAAGCUCAGAUAAUGCAUCUUCGGACACCGCUUCAAGCUCGGAUAAUGCAUCUUCGGACACCGCUUCAAGCUCGGAUAAUGCAUCUUCAGACACCGCUUCAAGCUCAGAUAAUGCAUCUUCAGACACCGCUUCAAGCUCUGAUAAUGCAUCUUCGGACACAGCAUCAACAAAUAGCCGAAAGAAGCGUUGGUUAUUAUUACCGAUAAAAGAUAUUGUAUCAGGAACUGCUCAACACGUCAAAGAUGACGUGAAGAAGGUUGUAGGAGGCACCGUGGAUGCAGUUGGAGAUACGCUGGGUGCUGUUGGCAGCACGGUAGGCGCUGUUGGAGACACGCUGGGUGGUAUUGGCAGUGCGGUAGGUGCUGUUGGAGAAACAAUAACAGGAAAGGGUAAAGGCACCGCUGAGAGUGAUGACACUACCGCAAGCGAUGAGGAGAAUGCAUCUUCGGACACCGCUUCAAGCUCUGAUAAUGCAUCUUCAGACACCGCUUCAAGCUCAGAUAAUGCAUCUUCGGACACAGCAUCAACAAAUAGCCGAAAGAAGCGUUGGUUAUUAUUACCGAUAAAAGAUAUUGUAUCAGGAACUGCUCAACACGUCAAAGAUGACGUGAAGAAGGUUGUAGGAGGCACCGUGGAUGCUGUUGGAGAUACGCUGGGUGCUGUUGGCAGCACGGUAGGUGCUGUUGGAGACACGCUGGGUGCUAUUGGCAGCAAUGUAAAUGCUGUUGGAGAAGCAAUAACAGGAAAGGGUAAAGGCACCGCUGAGAGUGAUGACACUACCGCAAGCGAUGAGGAGAAUGCAUCUUCGGACACCGCUUCAAGCUCUGAUAAUGCAUCUUCAGACACCGCUUCAAGCUCAGAUAAUGCAUCUUUAGACACCGCUUCAAGCUCAGAUAAUGCAUCUUCAGACACCGCUUCAAGCUCAGAUAAUGCAUCUUCGGACACCGCUUCAAGCUCGGAUAAUGCAUCUUCAGACACCGCUUCAAGCUCUGAUAAUGCAUCUUCAGACACCGCUUCAAGCUCGGAUAAUGCAUCUUCGGACACCGCUUCAAGCUCGGAUAAUGCAUCUUCAGACACCGCUUCAAGCUCGGAUAAUGCAUCUUCAGACACCGCUUCAAGCUCUGAUAAUGCAUCUUCGGACACAGCAUCAACAAAUAGCCGAAAGAAGCGUUGGUUAUUAUUACCGAUAAAAGAUAUUGUAUCAGGAACUGCUCAACACGUCAAAGAUGACGUGAAGAAGGUUGUAGGAGGCACCGUGGAUGCAGUUGGAGAUACGCUGGGUGCUGUUGGCAGCACGGUAGGCGCUGUUGGAGACACGCUGGGUGGUAUUGGCAGUGCGGUAGGUGCUGUUGGAGAAACAAUAACAGGAAAGGGUAAAGGCACCGCUGAGAGUGAUGACACUACCACAAGCGAUGAGGAGAAUUCAUCUUCGGACACCGCUUCAAGCUCUGAUAAUGCAUCUUCAGACACCGCUUCAAGCUCUGAUAAUGCAUCUUCGGACACCGCUUCAACAAAUAGCCGAAAGAAGCGUUCACUCAAAGAUAGCGUGAAGAAGGUUAUAGGAGGCGCCGUGGAUGCUAUUGACAGCACCGUAGAUGCUGUUGGAGGCACGUUGGAAGCAAUAACAGGAUGGGGUAAAGGUAAUACCACAAGCGAUGAGGAGGAUGAGCAGGAUUCAUCUAAAACCGCUUCAACCGAUCAGGAGAAUGCAUCUUCGGACACCGCUUGAAACGGAAAAAUUUAUAAAAAUCUUGACUACGAACUAUAACAGCUACUUAUCUAGACAAGACACCACAGUUAAAUAAAAUAUUAUCCACAAUGUCAAGUAUGUCAAGCAAAGUGAAAACAUUACCUUUAUGAA